GAUUACACCAAUAAAGCAGAACUAAUUGCAUCACAAUGAGCCUCCAGUGACCACAAGCUAAGUUCUCAAAGAAUCAGAAUAAAAAAUUGCAAUACAAAAAAAUGUGAAGUGCAAAAAAUAAAAUAUUCAAAAAAAUAUAAAAUGAGAUCAAAAUCAAAAAGUUUAAUUUAAAAAAAACCCGAUUAAAAAUAAUAAUUUCAAAAUCAAGAAAAAAUUCUCAAUAAAAGCCGUCAAAGCCAACAAGCAAUAAAAGUUUAAUUUAUGUUUCUACCUGACACAAUACGCAACUGCAUGAUCGAGACAGACGUAUCAUCGUAUCUACAAACAACAUCAACUGGACAGGAUGAGUUUCAUCCGUUCAUUGAGGCACUCCUGCCAUUCGUCAAGUCAUUCUCAUACACAUGGUUUAAUUUGCAAGCGGCAAAGCGAAAAUACUACAAGAAGCAUGAGAAGAGAAUGUCAUUGGAGGAGGAGAGGCAUUGCAAGGAUGAGUUGCAGAAUGAAAAACCAGAAGUAAAACAAAAAUGGGCAUCGAGACUUUUAGGAAAGCUUAGAAAAGACAUCACACAAGAGUGUCGUGAAGAUUUUGUGCAAAGCAUAACUGGAAAGCGACAGUCAAUAUGUGUACUAUCUAAUCCCGAUCAAAAAGGCAAAAUGAGGCGGAUCGAUUGUCUGCGGCAGGCUGAUAAGGUCUGGAGAUUGGAUCUAGUGAUGGUGAUUUUAUUUAAGGCAAUACCGUUGGAAAGUACGGACGGUGAACGGCUGGAGAAGAAUCCUGAAUGUUCACAACCCGGUCUAUGUGUGAAUCCCUACCACAUUAAUGUUUCUGUUCGUGAACUUGAUCUUUAUUUAGCUAAUUUUAUUAAUAGUCAUGAUUUCAUAAGUUGCAGUAGUUAUACGAUUAACAAUAACAAUAGUCCAAAUAGCAAUAGUAACAAUAAUAAAAAGGACGAGGAACGAAAGCACAAAGUUUACGCUCAUAAUCCAUACAAUGGAGUCGUCUACAAUGACAUAAUUCUGGCGACGGGAGUCUUCUCGUCAAAAGAAUUAUGGAAGCUAUCUAAAGCAUCGAUUUUGCAAGACACAAGUGACCAGAAUAUUCUGCAGACAUCGACGAGUAACAGUAGCAAUGGAAGUGCAGCUAAUAAUCCGAAUCCUGGAAGCAUUAAAAUUGAGAAUUCGAAUUCUUAUUAUUGUAACAGCUACUCAAGUCCAUUGCAAGGAAGUACACCAGCGAUAUCGGCAAUUACUGGUGGAUAUAUUGACUCAAAUUCAGGAUUCUCCGUGAUUCUACGUCCCAAUGACACUCAACUUAACUCAAAUCAUGAUCAGUUGUCACUCCAACGUUAUGCAACACACCCAGCUACUCGUCUAAUCUCUCGACACGAUAGUGCCCUCUUAAGUCAACAGCAACAAGUGGUCAGUCCUAGUUCAGUAUUCUUUCAACAUAGCCCAUCAGCAUCCGAGCAUGAGAAUCAGAAUCUCGAGACGGAAGGAUCAUCAGCGAGUGCAGCAACUGGAGGCAAUAAAUAUGGAGAAUGUCCUUCGAAUGGACAUGACACGUUGUCUGAUUUUGUGACUUUUGUGUGUCAAGAGAGUGAACAGUCAGGACAAACUAAUGGACAUAGACACAGCCCCAAGACACAACAGUAUACGCAAUAUAAUACGAUGCUCCCACCGCCUCCUUUACCUCCUGUAACUGGACCUCUACCGCCAAUGGCUGUUCCAGUUACAUCAGGGUAUUCAGGCGAAUCAAUAAAAGGAGAAACAGACAUCCGUGACUUUCCUGUGCCAAUGGCUCGACCAGUCGCCAUCAUACGAUCCAGUGAUCUCACAAUGGUUAAUUCACCGCCAACUCCACCUGCCAAUUCAAUGUCAUCACCACAUCCAGAUCAUUCAGAUCAUGUGGGACAAAAUGACAUUAAUCAAUCACCACCGGAUAGUCCACAGGCACAAAUGGAAAGGAAGGGAUUAAGUCGAAUUGCGAGUCCAUAUGCACCGAGUCGGGACUAUGCUUUUAAUCAUUUUCAUAGUCAACAGACGCAGGUAUGGGGAGAGUUUGAGCUUUUCAGUUAUCCAUCAUCAAUCUCAACGAUGUCUGGAGUCAUUAGCCCAACGAAUUUAAGUUUAUACUCAACGCCAGUGACAACACCGAGGUCAACGCCUAGAACUAGAUGGAAUAAUCCAUUUUUGCUGGAGGAGGACUUUAAUAUGAUGACACAUCCGGUGUCAAACAAUAAUCCUGAUUCAGUUAUACUUAUGGAGGAAGAUAGAUUUUUUCAAACAUCAUCAGCAUCUGAUUCAGCAACCACACAUUUAGAUCAUAGCCUGAUUGUUGCCUCAACAGCAGCUAUAACGUGCUCGAGUGAUCAUGUGAUUAGUCAUGGCGAUGAAACGCAUCAAAUCGAUAAGCAUGGAAAUUUAAUUAUUUCACCGAAACCCGAGGUGCUUUAAAUAAUUUUUUUUAAAUAAACUCGCGAAAAAAAGCAUUUGUUUUGUAAAAAUGCGCUAAACUUAAAUAAAAAAAAGAUGUGUCAAUUGAGAAGAAAGUCAUUUUGGCACCUAAGUUAAUAUUGAAAUGUUGUUGAUAAAAUAUGAAAAAAAAAUUGACUUACUUGAACUGAAGCCUAAGGUACGUGCCUUAGUAAUUAACUCAAAAAAAAAACUAUUCGACGAAAACAUUUUUGAAUGUAAAAAAGUAAAAAUAAUUAUUGAAAGAUGAAAAUUGUGAGAAAAAUUACUGCAAUAAAAACAGAAAGACGUAAAGUUUGGAAGCUGUGGUGGGUUGAUAAUCUUAAAACUAGGCUGUAGAUCAGUGAAACAUUAGAUUUGACUAUGAUAAUCGUCGUUUUAAUUGAAAAUUAACCCUGUUUAAGGUCGCGUAGGUUUUUCAAAACUAGGCGAAUAAGGCUAGCCAUGUAAAUUUUAUGGUCCUAAACGCCUUGUUUUACUCAAGGUCUAGCCUAGGUUAAUCUUAGAAUUCAUAGGUAACCUUAGUUUUGGCUUAGGGUGCAACUUCGUCUAAGUAUUAGUCAAUGAUGGUCAAACUCUUGCAAAUUUCUUAGGCAAAGCUAUUUAAACUUUGUUUUGAGAUGCAUUAGUGUCGUCAGUGCCUUCAGAUGUCCUACUAGGUUGUACCUAAUGAAUAGCCUUAGAUUCAAAAACACUGACUAAUGUCUUUGAUACAGAAUCAAUUAGUUUUCACAAUUUCAUACUUAAGCAAGCUAUUCACAACCAUUACAACAAUCAUAAUGCUAAUUACAGUCAGAAAAUCUCUACCAUGGUCAAAUAUAAUUGUCUAAUGCAGUGGUGUACAUCCUUUUUUGUGCCAUGGCACACUUGGUGGUAAGUCAUGAUUAACAAUAUGGGUUAUCCCAUAUUUCUUCACGGCAUAGUAGUGUGCCUUGGCACAUGGGUUGGCCAUCACUGGUCUGAUGCAUGAAUUUCAAACCAAAAAAGCCAGUAAGAUCCUAAAAGUGACCCACAAGUUUCCAAACAAAAACAUAAAAAUGCUUUAAAACACUUACACAUGUUAUAAACUGUUAAAAAUGUGGCACGAGGCCGAAAAACUUGACAAAAUUUCUUAUUAAAGAAAUUAUUCUAAAAAUUAAGAAAAUAAAAUAAAUUUUUUUGUUAAAAACCUUUUUAAUGUCAUUUUGUUUCAAAAAACCAAGUUUUUUUCUUAAUUAAUUGUAGAAAAUACUUAACAUUUAGGAAACAUUGAAAAUGAACUGAAAGCUUUG